AUGGCUGUGCCCGGCGGAGGAUCGGUGAAGGAGGUGAAAUCCAUGGCGGAACUCGACAACACCGUCCGCGAAGGUGUCCCGGUGAUUCUGCACUUCUGGGCUUCGUGGUGCGAUGCCUCCAAGCACAUGGAUCAAGUGUUCUCGCAUCUCUCCACAGAUUUUCCUCUCGCUCGCUUUCUUAGGGUAGAGGCUGAAGAACAACCUGAAAUUUCUGAGAAAUACUCGGUUUCUGCUGUGCCCUUCUUUGUAUUUUUCAAGAAUGGCAUGAUGGUUGAUACACUGGAAGGUGCGAACCCAUCCAGUCUGGCCAACAAGGUUGCUAAAGUUGCAGGGUCAAUCAGGCCCGGAGAACCCGCAGCCCCCGCUAGCCUUGGGAUGGCCGCCGGCCCCACAAUUCUCGAGACUGUUCAACACUUGGCACAAGAAAAUGGUGCAUCUCAGAAAAGCAUCCAACCUGCUUCCCCCAAUGCAGAUAAUAAUGUCCUGACAGAGAGACUUCAGAAGCUAGUCACCUCUCAACCAGUUAUGCUCUUCAUGAAAGGCAGCCCAGCGGCCCCCAAGUGCGGGUUCAGCCAGAAAGUAGUUGAUAUACUGAAGAAAGAGAAUGUUCCAUUUGGAAGCUUUGAUAUCCUGACAGAUAAUGAGGUCCGUGAGGGGCUCAAGAAAUUCUCAAACUGGCCCACAUUCCCCCAGCUCUACUGCAACGGGGACCUGCUUGGUGGCUGUGACAUAGUGAUCGCGAUGCACCAGAACGGGGAGCUCAGGGAUAUCUUCCGGGACCAGGGAAUUCAAGCAAAUAAUUCGGACGGGCCCAAACCCGAGAGUGGGAAGGGCGGAAUUUCUGAGCCUUCGGGCCUGAGCGCAGCUCUCAGCGCCCGUAUACGCGGGCUGAUCGAUUCGGCCCCAGUCAUGCUAUUCAUGAAGGGAAAGCCCGACGAGCCCCGGUGUGGGUUCAGCCGGAAGGUGGUCGACAUACUUAGACAGGAGAAAGUCAUGUUUGAGAGCUUUGACAUCCUUUCAGAUGAUGAAGUCCGUCAGGGGCUGAAAGUGUAUUCCAACUGGUCGAGCUACCCUCAGCUCUACAUAAAGGGGGAGCUCGUGGGCGGGUCGGACAUUGUGCUCGAGAUGCAGAAGAGUGGGGAGCUAAGGAAGGUUUUGGGGGAGAAGGGGAUUCCUUUUGGGGAGACUCUCGAGGAUCGGUUGAAAAAGUUGGUAAAUUCGUCAAAAGUGAUGUUGUUCAUGAAGGGUAGCCCGGAUGCGCCCAGGUGUGGGUUCAGCUCGAAGGUGGUGGGUGCUUUGAAGGAAGAGGGAGUAGAGUUUGGUUCGUUUGAUAUUCUGGGGGACGAGGAGGUGAGGCAAGGGCUCAAGACGUACUCAAAUUGGCCCACUUUCCCUCAGUUGUACUACAAAGGGGAGUUAGUUGGGGGCUGUGAUAUCGUGAUGGAAUUGCGCGAGAGUGGUGAGCUGAAGAGUACGUUGUCCGAGUGA